CUCGGCGACAUGCGCCAUUGAAAACAAACGUACCAGAUACGGCGGGUAUUGCCGCUUUCGUUCAUUUGUAUUCUACCCCAUUAGAAACCUUAGCUCGUCUCCAGUAAACGUUCUACAUUUUUGCGGACAAUGGAGACUAUAUUAGAACAACAGCGUCGCUAUCACGAAGAGAAAGAGAGGCUAAUGGAUGCUAAAACUAAAGAAAUGUUACACAAGAAGUCGACGCUGCGUGAACAAAUCAAUUCUGACCAUCGAACAAGAGCGAUGUUGGAUAGGUAUAUGGAAGUGAGCGCAAAUCUCAGAGACCUGUAUGAAGACAAAGAUGGGAUGAGGAGAGACGAACUUGCAGCCAUCUCAGGACCAAACGAGUUUGCAGAGUUCUACAACCGACUCAAACAGAUAAAGGAGUUCCACCGAAAGCAUCCAAAUGAAAUUUCCAUCCCCAUGUCUGCAGAGUUCGAGGAGCUGAUGAAGGCCAGAGAUAACCCCAGCGAGGAGGCUCAGAAUAUGGUGGACUUCACCGAUGAGGAGGGGUACGGCCGAUACCUCGACCUGCACGACUGCUACCUGAAGUACAUCAACUUAAAGGGAGCUGAGAAGCUGGAGUACAUCACUUACCUGUCUUCAUUUGACCAGCUGUUCGACAUUCCCAAGGACAGGAAAAACGCUGAAUACAAAAAGUAA